AAAAUAAGUUUAGUUCAAUAAAAAUAAUUUCAUUUCAGUAAAAAUCAGUAACUGUAAAGAAGAAAAAUAACAAAAGAUCUAUAAAAGUAAGUUAGUUCACCAAAAAUAAUUUCAUUUCACCAAAAAUAAUUUCAUUUCAGUAAAAAUAAUUUUAAUUCAGUAAAAUUAAUUUCAAUUCACCGAAAAUAAGAUAGAGUGAACGGGCUUUAGUAUCACACUUUCCCUCAACGUUACAAAAACUAAACGAACAAAAAGUACUGUAUGAUAAAGUGUGAAGUUGAAUCUGAUGGAUAAACUCAAUUAACCCACCCUAAUGAAUUCCCGCUCAAAUUCAAAAGCAAAGAAUUCCCUAAAAUGUCGUUCUAGGGCUUCUUCCAAAAAUCAUCAAUUUCCAAUCAAUUGUUCAUCCCUUUUCAUUCGAUUUCUCUCAUUUCUCUCUCUUCUACACUCUGCAUCAUCACGUAGAAUUCAAUUUCGUCGUGUUCAUCAAUCAAAAUCAACUCGUUGCAGAAACCCUAAUUUCAAGAAAAUGAGCUCUCCAAUGGAGAUUUCAAUUCCAAAACCUGAAUCCACUGAACCCGAAGCAGAAACCAUCAAAAUCGAAAAUGGCGUCGUUUUGGAGCCAAAUGUUGCUUCUCCGAUGAUUCCAGAACAAUCUACUCCAACUCCUCCCAUUGCUUCCGAAUCAGCUGCUUCUCCUGCAAUCGCCGAUGACAAAUUCCUCGUUUCAGUUGAAGUAUGUUUGAAACCCUCCAGUACAGCUCGAUUGGAUGAUGUCCGCACUUGCGUUGAAAGAAUGCUAGAGACAAGAAGUUUGAGUUAUAGCAAUGGUCCUGUUCCUUUACCUGACAAUGACCAAUAUUUAUUAGAAAAUGUGCAGAGUAUAUGUGUAUGCGAUACAGAUGAAUGGGUGAAGAAUGGUGAAGUUCUUUUAUUUUGGCAGGUCAAGCCACUUGUGCAUGUGUAUCAGCUUAGUGAGGAAGGGCCUUGUGAAGAAUUAGGAGGAGAUGGUCAACAUUCCAGUUUUAAUGAAUGGGCUCUUCCUGCUAAGGAGUUUGAUGGAAUGUGGGAAAGCUUGAUCUUCGAAUCUGGACUAAAGGAAAGAUUGUUGCGGUAUGCAGCGAGUGCAUUGCUUUUUAGUGAAAAGGGUGUAAAUCCAUUUCUUGUGUCUUGGAACCGAAUCAUUCUUCUACAUGGACCCCCAGGUACUGGUAAAACAUCAUUAUGUAAAGCAUUGGCUCAGAAACUAUCAAUACGAUUCAGCUCCAGAUAUCCACAGUCCCAGUUGAUUGAAGUUAAUGCUCAUUCUUUGUUCAGCAAAUGGUUUUCAGAAAGUGGUAAAUUGGUUGCUAAGCUGUUCCAAAGUAUUCAAGAAAUGGUUGAGGAUGAAAACAAUCUAGUGUUUGUUUUAAUUGAUGAAGUUGAAAGUCUUGCGGCUGCUAGAAAUGCUGCCCUGUCUGGUUCUGAGCCCUCUGAUUCUAUUAGGGUUGUGAAUGCUCUACUUACUCAGUUGGACAAAUUGAAAAGCUCGCCAAAUGUUAUAAUUAUGACAACAUCCAAUAUUACAGCAGCUAUAGAUAUUGCUUUUGUUGACAGGGCAGAUAUCAAAGCCUAUGUGGGUCCUCCAACCCUGCAAGCACGUUAUGAAAUACUAAGAUCCUGCGUUCAAGAGCUUCUAAGAAGUGGAAUACUAAAGAAUUUUCAGGAUAAACCCCUCGAUAUGCUGACUUUUCCUAGUCUCAAGGAAAAGUUGCUGUCAAGUGAAAUGCAAGAGGCUGGGGCUUCAUUGACAUUGUCUAGGCAAUUGCUUGAAGUUGCAGAAGCAUGUGAUGGAUUGAGUGGAAGAUCGUUACGAAAGCUUCCAUUUUUGACGCAUGCUGCUAUGGCCCAUACAUUCAACUGUGAUCCUAUUAAGUUUUUGUGCACAAUGAUUGAUACAGCCAAAAGAGAGCGUUCUGAGAGACCAGACUGAAUUUUGAAGUAUUAAACUAUUAAUUGUAUCAGAGUCUUAUGUUGUACCAAGGUGAAAAAAAAGGGAGGGAUUGGAGGUGUAGGGGUCUUAUUAUUGUAUUAUCACAUUCAUUGUAGUUUCUCACCUUAUUCUCUGAAAAUGUGAGGAAGUGGUCAGAUAGAAUUGUACAGAAUUGGAUCAUGCAUAUGUAAAUUAGGAGUUAAGGAAGUUUGGUGCACAUGAUCCUCUGUUGAUAACUUGAAUUAAUUUGGUUGACUUUAUUUACUUCUAUUUAUUUUUAAUGGAGAAUGAUCUUGACUAUGCUUUAACCCAACCCUUACAGUUUUUUCAGUCAAGUAUUUGUGGGCUUAGUACUUGGAAGUAGGAAGGAGAGGUCAGGAGUCAAGGAGAUCCUUAAUCCCAAACACUCGAUUGGUAAAAUUAGAAUCCAAGACCUCUAAGAUCCAAAGUAAAACUCUUACCAAGUGAGCCAAACUUCGGUUGAAUUUCAACAUAAACAAAUGUGGCACUGCUAUGAAAUUUGGUGAUGUAAAAGACAUUGAAAUCGAAUGAAAGGAGCCCACAUCAGCAAUUUUAAUUCUCCAAAACUUUUUAUUGCUCAUGAAUGAAGCCCUUGAGAAAGUUACUAAUCCUGUUCCCAUUAAUGUAGGGUUUAUGACAUUAUGUAUACAAAUUGAGUAUUGUGUUUUUAUCCAAAACUGGUACUGCGGCUGGGAUCCUUCAAUGACAAGUAUUUUUUGAAACUUGAUAGUGGCAGAUUAUAUGGAAUAAGAAAAGUUUGUAUCAAAUACCUUUUUUUUUUUUUUCUUUUUUUGACAGGUUGUAUCAAAUACUUUGAUUAUAUGAAAGUAUGAAACAAAGGAACCUCAAGUGGAAUGUUUAUAAUGCACAGAAUAGUAUGAAACGAGGGAACCUCAAGUGGAAUGAUUAUAAUGCACAGAGUAGCAUACUAGAAAUCUAACAU